AUGGCUUACAGAUCGACAUGCACUUGGUGCCUACACCCUCCGCUGCCGCUUCUUUUGUUGGUUGCCGCUUUGUUGGUUGCCACGGUGUUUCCGUACCUCGGGUUUCUUGGUGGUUCGUCCAUGCAAUGUAUGCAAGGAGGACGCCGAAAUCACAGUGAAUUUACCUGUCAACGACCUAUUGGGCAUGCCACUGUGGAGCAGACAUGGUGGUUGCCACGGAUAGCAGAUCAGGUGAACGGUGUGAUCUCCGGCGAAGGACCGAUGCUUCCGUACCUUCUCCUUGUCAUCCAGAUCUGCACUGGAACAGUGAACCAAACAGAUGCAGACCUGUGUACAUGGUGCGGACGUGGUUCGUGGCUCCUUUUCGCACUCAUGUGGUGGCUGUCCCUGACGGGACUGCGAAUUGUCAUAUUCAUCUGCGUACAUCCAUACAAUUAUUAUUUCUCUGACCACAUUUUUCUUCUGAGCAGCAUGGUGGCACAGAUUCAGAUGUCCUUGGCAAUGACAUUCCAGAGACAGGAGUCGAAUGCAGGCUCCGAUACACAACUCUGGUUUUGUCUGGAAUGUCUAUUGGCAUCAGUGAUGCUGGUCUUCAUACUUUUCGAGGCAUUCAUUACAAGUUGGCUGUAUCACACACUUCUCGCAAGUUGGCUAGCCUUGCUUGCGUCACUGGUUUGUUUUCAGCUGAUGACAUACAUAUGGGUGCGUAUCCUGCAGAGGGCACCUGCGCUGAAGACUGAGGGUUGCAGGAAGUUGAUGGAGGACGAUGCGUGCGAACACGGAGGCUCCAAGGCUUGA